AUGGCCGAGCGGCCAGCGGAGAUCCAGGCCGCCAAUGUGAAGCUCCUCGAAGAGCUCUGCCAGCCAGGAGACUUUCUUGAGGGAAAGAUUCGCGGCGCCUUGGUGCGGGAAACGUUCAAAGCUACCGCCACCUGCCCGAGCUGCAGGAAGAUCCAAGAGGAACGCGACUACGUGCUCAAGAGCGACCUAUGGAACGUGGUUUGCUCCGGAAAAUGCGAGUUUCACGAGCCGGAGGCCUGCUAUGGUUUGGGAGUUGUGGUACAUGCGCUUUGCAACUUGCAGAACUUGAUGAGCGAAGAGUGGUACAACCAAGCAGCCGAGCACAUUUUCAAAUGCCUCUCAGCCAGCGAGAAGAUCCCAGACACUCAGGAAGAUAAGCUCGCCCGCUUGGCAGAGGUCAUUGCAGUGGUGGGCUUGGCAGUUGGCGUCCGUGCCUUUUACCGCUCUUUGCCCGAAGGGCCACUAGAAGAACCUCCUCUUCCCACCGCCGCGGAAGGGAAGCCCAGGUUCACCAGCGCGGCUGAGGUGUUCAAUCGCUUGGGACCUCGUGAAGGGCAUGGUUGGGGAGCCGGUUUGAACUUGGAAGAUGUCAAGCCUGGGUUGAUGGUAAAAGGUGCAAAAUUCAUCGGGGGUGAAUUCUCCAAGAGGAAGUUCACUGGUCUUUCGCCCAUGAACAAAUGGGCCCCAGCCCUUUCCGCGGGCAGCCUCUUCUUGCGAUGGGCCACAGUGGUCUAUUCGCCGAUCCAGAAUGGCUAUGAGAGCCACAGCUUCAUGUUCAAGAAGGCACCUGGGAGAGCUUUGAACCGCGUUGGCCUGGAAGAUGUUGCUGCCGGCUACACGACUGCAGUUGGUGCAGCUUCUGACGCAAUGGCCACGUGGCCAUUGCCAAAGCGCUGA